AUGUUUGCCUCUGUCUUGUUCUUUUUCGCUGGUCUGAUCCAGUCGACGAGAGCGGCUGACUGCGUACUGGUCACACCAGAUUCUCCCAUGGAGGUAUCCAUGUCCGACUUCGACGCGGUCUUUUUCUCGGGCGUGCGUCCCAUUGUCUCCCGCAUUGCGUCGGAGACGUCCAUGAUCAAGGUCACGCGAUACAGUACAGAACCGAUGAUGAAAGUCAUGGAAGCAGAACGUGCCUUGAUGGUGAUGUCUCAGAUCUGCAACGUGAAUGGUGGUGGCGUCAGCGGCUCACCUGCGGGAGCUUCGACCGUGUCGAGUGCUGCGACUGCUUCUACGGUUGUGUCGUCUGCACUUUUGUACCUCGGCGGCGCUUCGUACGGUAUGUCGCUUGGCAUUGGCUUACUUACGUCUCUAUUCCCCUCAGUUGAAGCCCAACUCGAUUGCGAAGAAGUUAUUGAGAUCGAAAUUCACGGACCGGACGCCGCCGAUGGUAGUGGCACCAGUGAGGAAGAACUUCGAGCGACUAUAGCUGCCUUGCAAGCUGAAGUUGCCAGUCUCAAUUCUCAGCUAAAUGGAACUCUAACCGCCGAAGAAGCUGACGCCAGCGUUUACGAUGCGCUCGUUUCGCAAAUCGCUUUUGGUGAUUUCGCGUCACUCACGCCCCUCGUCGACCAGACGAUCGCCCGUGUCAGCAACGAUGGACAAGCUGAACGAUUCGACGUUGCCGGUUUUCCUAUCUUUUACGAUUACAACCCCGAGGCUCAGUUUUAUUUGGCAAACGCUGGUGACGAUUCGCUGGUUCGGGAUAUGCAGGGCGAUGUCUUUCAAUUUCCGACAGAAUCCAACGAAGCCGACGAAGUGAAUUUUACCCUCCCUGAUCCGCCGACGUACUCACAACCUUCCGAUCUCUACUACAUGCCAAUUCUCGAAAUUUCUAGUUUGAUCCAGGGGGGCGCUGUCUCGUGUGUCGAGGUUGUGCAAGCCUUCGUCGAUCGCUUGUCCGAGUUUGAUCCCUAUCUUGGUAUCGUCGCAACACCGCUUUACGAUCGUGCAUUAGAGACCGCGGCUUUGCAUGAUACUUUGCUUGCUGAAGGCACCAAUCUUGGCCCGCUCAUGUGCAUUCCAUUCGGUGUCAAAGAUCAUCACCAAAUCUAUGACGACGAACCUACCAUGUAUGGAUCCUUGCUGCAUGCCACGAAUGUGCAAUCUGUCAAGUCCACUCUGAUGCAAAAACUUUUGGACGGUGGUGCUAUUCCCAUCGCUAAGAUGAUGCUUGGAACAUUUGCAUGGUCGUCCGCCAACGGCUGGGGUGAGUGCAUGAGUCCAUAUUUGAACGGUCCCGGCUGUGGGUCGUCGUGUGGAUCAGCUAGUGGUGCAGCCUUUGGAGCCUUGCCGUUUGCUAUUUCGGAAGAAACGUCGGGGUCCAUCGCGUGUCCGUCGGCAGCCAAUUUGAUCUCUGGACAUAUUGGCUCGUACGGUACCUUGUCUCGGGCCGGAGCCGGAUUGUUGUGCUCCGAAACUGACCACCUCGGCUUUCAUUCUCGGUACCUUUCGGAUUUCGGCGUAAUCUUUAACUACGCUCGUACUGGUGAUGAUCCCUUGGACGGUGACAGUGUUGCGAUUCCUUACGUUAAUCCUGCCGACGUCAACUUGACCGAGUUGCGUGUCAUGAUCAUCGAAGGCAACGGAGAAUGGGUAUUUGACAACGAAACUGCAACUUAUUCAUGGAACGAAGCUGUGCGCCAAUCCUAUGGGAAGACUGCCUGGCAUUGGCCGGAACGGGUCGCCAGUAUCAAGAGCAAGUUAGAUGCCGCCGGUGUCAUGUAUGAUUCCUUUUCGUUGGAUGAGGCGAAUCAGCUGUGGUCGUUCAAUUCGUCAACGCCGUACUUCGACUGCGCUUCCCCUGAAAUUGACGUUAUGAUGGCGGCGGGUCCAUGGGCGCAACUCCAAGAGUGUGAAGCCUGCUUUCAAAACUCCAAGUGGAAAACAUAUUACCCUAAAAAUAUUCCCAAAAAGUCGUAUCGGUAUUUGCAAUUUUGCAUGAAGGAAAUGGGGAAACUUCUCUUGAAUGACAAUGUUUGGGCGACCUAUGACGUUAUCAUUGAGACGCAUUCGUCCACAGGCGGCGGCUACGAUAUUCCCGGAGGAUCCUUUGAACAAUGGGUCCGUACCGCCAAGACGUUUGUUAUGGACUACUAUGAGGCCUUGCCUUGUGCUCAUACGCAGGGUGACACUGUGGAAGGGACUUACACAGUGCUCACAGCCAAACCGUUUGAAGACCACAAGAAUUUUGCGAUUGGAACGCUCAUUCAGGAUCCAGCCUCAAUGAUUUUCCCCAACGACACAUCCAUCAAAACGGCUUUUACGGAUCGUACGCGUUGUCCAUUUGCAUUCUACGAAGGCUAUAACAAUAUGAGUCUAACUUGCCCGCCGCUGAACAGUGAUGGUGCUCCUCCUGGUCCUACACUGCGAGAAAUCGACGGUGCCUGUGUGCCAGGAGACGAUUUGCAGCAUCUUCCAGAGGACUGGGCCAACGAGCCCUACAUGGCUCCGUACGAUAUGGAGGAAAAGGUGCCGGACCGUGCGAUUUGGCGUUGGGACGAGUACGGUCCGGUUGCUUGUACGGCGGUGUGUCCGUUUGUGCCAGCCUUUUGUGAACUCAAGGGGAUUGUGUGUGACGCGCGUCGGCUGGAGCAAGAACGUCAUAACGAACAGAAACAAAGCAUUGGCAAUCGUCAACUUUCAGCAGACGAUAUUCGUCGGCUCCGUCGAGACUUUCAGGCACAGAUCAAAGAUGGAGGAGAGCUCUAG